AGCAACGGAUCACCGCGGAUUUUCUCUUGAAGUUGGUUUUUUUCUUCUUUACUUCUUUUAUUCGUUUUGGAACAGCGAAUCCAUCUUUAAAGCUUUUAUACAGUAACACUCAGCUAUUCAUUUCAGCUAGCCAACUUACAGAGAACAAUUGACGCUUGUUAGUGGGUGCUCACGAUGUUGUGGUCUCUUGUGUUGUCCCUUUUUUUAUUUUUUUUCAAUUCAAAUGCAUUUUAUUUGCCUGGAGUCGCUCCCACCACCUAUGGUGAAGGAGACGAUAUCCCACUUUUGGUGAACCAUAUUACUCCCUCAAAUAGCCACAAUAUUGUUAAUUCCAACGGUGGAUCUAGUGCUGGUACAUCUCAGUCAAAGAAAGCCAAGACUUAUGUCUAUUCUUUUGAUUACUAUUUUCCAAAAUUACAUUUCUGUAGACCCAAAGAUGGGAAACUAGAAAAACAGAGCGAAAGUUUGGGUUCGAUUAUAUUUGGAGAUCGAAUUUUCAAUUCUCCAUUUGAAAUUAAAAUGUUGCAGAAUCAGUCGUGCACAGCAUUGUGUUCGUCUGUUUAUUCCAAGACAGACACAUUGUUUGUCAACAAAAUUAUUCGAAGUGGCUACUAUCACAACUGGUUGGUUGAUGGACUACCUAUAGCGAGAUCGUUAUAUGACACCGGAACCAAAACUAAGUUUUAUGGAACAGGAUUUGAAGUUGGGUUAAUUGAUCCAACCAACGUGGCGCAUUUGGUCAAUCAUUUUGAUAUUCAGAUUGAGUAUCACAAGAGAGGCGAAAACCAGUAUAGAGUAGUUGGCGUGACUGUUCAACCAUACUCAUGGGAUCGAAAAUUGAGUGAUGAUCAAGAUAAGGAUAAGGAUAGCAAUAAGAAUUUAUGUGAUGCCAAUGCAAACAACUUUGAUCCGGUUUUCUUGAACCAAAAUAAAAAUACCGAGGUUCAGUUUUCGUAUUCAGUUUAUUUUGUUGAAAGUGAUAUUUCCUGGGCAACAAGAUGGGACAAGUAUUUACAUGUUUACGAUCCCAAGAUCCAGUGGUUUUCGUUGAUAAAUUUUUCGUUGAUUGUGCUUUGUUUGUCGUUGGUGAUUGGACAUAUAUUGUUAAAGACACUUAAAAACGAUAUUUCCAAGUACAACAGCAUUGAUUUGAGUGAAGAUAUUCAGGAAGAGAGUGGAUGGAAGUUGGUGCAUGGGGAUGUUUUCCGACCACCAAUCAACCGAAUGUUGUUAUCAGUGAUGGUUGGGAGUGGGUUCCAGUUGUUUCUAAUGGCAUUUGUUACGAUUUUGUUUGCGUUGUUUGGGUUGUUAUCACCAGCAAACCGGGGGUCGUUAGCUACGGUUAUGUUUAUAUUGUAUGGGAUAUUUGGGAUAUUCGGGUCAUUUGCGUCGAGUUUUAUUUACAAGUUUUUCAAUGGGGAGAACUGGCGAUUGAAUUUGAUAUUGACGCCCACAUUGGUGCCUGGAACGAUAUUUUUGAUAUUUAUUGGAUUGAAUUUCUUUUUGAUAUGGGUAAAGAGUUCAGGAGCGAUACCAAUCGGCACAAUGUUUGCUAUAAUUGGGAUAUGGUUUUUGAUAUCGUUGCCAUUAUCAGUGAUUGGGUCAUUGUUGUCGUUUAAGAGUAAUAAUGAGUUUUUAAAAAAGCCGGUAAAGACCAACCAAAUUCCCAGACAAAUACCUAAGGAACCAAUAUAUCUCAAGAUUUGGGUUGUGUCGUUGAUCAGUGGGAUUUUUCCAUUUGGAUCAAUGGCGGUUGAGAUAUAUUUCAUUUACUCGUCGAUUUGGUUUAACCGGAUUUACUAUAUGUUUGGGUUUUUAUUUUUUUGUUUUGUAUUAAUGACGGUGACGUGUUCGUUGAUCAGUAUAUUGAUGAUAUAUUAUACGUUGUGUUUUGAGAAUUAUAAAUGGCAAUGGAGAAGCUUUUUGAUCAGCGGGAGCUGUUCGAUAUAUGUGUUUAUCCAUUCAUUGUUUUUGAUCAAGUUUGAUCAGUUGAAUGGGGCUGUGAGUAUAAUAUUGUAUUUGGGGUAUUCGUCGAUGAUCAGUUUGUUGAUGUUUGUGUUGUGUGGGUCGAUUGGGUUUAUAUCCAAUUUGAUAUUUAUCCGCAAGAUAUAUUCAUCAAUUAAAGUUGAUUAAAGCGGGUAUGUAUAUAUAUGUAUAUGUAUAUACUUCUGAAUAUAUAUACUUUUGAACUUUUGAACUUUUGAAUAUAUACUUAUAAAUACAAAUGUUAACGAUCAUUUAAUAGUUUAUUUCUUUUUUGUUUUUUUUGCAAUCUUUUCAAUCUUUUUUCGUUUAAUUUUUUGGACAAUUUCGAAGCUCGUUCAAUUUCCAUUAGUCUCAAGUUUUUUUCCUUUUUCUUUUGA